AUGGCCGCCGCCGUCGAGCCAUUACUGCAAAAGUGCGCCACCUUGUCCCACAUCAAACAACUCCAAGCUCACCUUAUCACCGCCGGUGUCUUCGAAUUCUACCCUUCCCCACGUUCCAAAUUCCUUGAAUUUUGCGCCACAUCCUCUGCCGCCGGUAGCCUCCUCUACGCCGCUGACAUCUUCCGACACAUUGCAUUUCCAGUCACUAAUGACUGGAACGCCGUCAUCCGCGGCCUCGCUCAGAGCCAUCAACCCGCCGAUGCUGUCAUCUUUUACCGCCGAGGCUUGCGCGUGCUCACCUGCAAGCCCGACGCUCUCACGUGCUCGUUCACCCUUAAAGCCUGCGCACGAGCGUUAGCUUGUAACGAAGCGAUCCAGAUACAUUCGCAGGUGGUUCGAUAUGGGUUUAUAGCAGAUGUUUUGCUGCAAACCACGCUGCUGGAUGUGUAUGCGAAGUCUGGUUAUCUGGACGACGCACGCAGACUGUUUGAUGAAAUGUCUAAAUUAGAUGUUACGUGUUGGAACGCUAUGAUUGCUGGACUGGCUCAAGGGAACCGACCCAACGAAGCUUUGCAACUCUUUACAAGAAUGAGAGACGUUGGGUUCAAGCCCAAUGCGAUCACGGUUAUUGGAGCCCUCUCGGCAUGUGCUCAGUUGGGCACAAUCCGAGAGGGCGAAAGCAUGUACAAUUACAUAAAAAGCCAAAAUCUUGAUGCAAAUGAGCAAGUUUGCAAUGUGGCGAUUGAUAUGUUCGGGAAAUGUGGGUACGUUGGAAGAGCUUAUCGGGUAUUCAACGACAUGAAGUGUCCAAAAACUCUUGUUACUUGGAACACGAUGAUCAUGGUCAUGGGGACGAACGGUGAAGGCCUCGAAGCACUUAAACUCUUUGAUCAAAUGGAUAAAGAAGGAUUUCAACCCGAUAACGUUAGUUAUCUUGCCGCUCUUUGUGCUUGUAAUCAUGCCGGCAUGGUCGAACACGGGAUCAAAUUGUUCGAAACAAUGGCUGAAGAUGACUCGGUGAUUCCUAAUAUCAAACACUAUGGUGCCAUGGUUGAUCUAUUGGGGAGAUCGGGCCGACUAAAUGAGGCCUACAAUAUCAUCGAUUCAAUACCUAUAAAACCUGAUAUCGUUCUCUGGCAGACUUUAUUAGGUGCUUGUAAGACGUAUGGGAACAUAGAAAUGGCCGAAAAGGCGUCAAGAAAGCUGGCGGAGCUAGGUUCAAGUAGCGAUGGAGACUUCGUGUUACUAUCAAACAUCUACGCAGCUCAUCAUAGAUGGAAAGACGUACGUCGAGUUAGGGACUCGAUGAAAGAAAAGGAAGUUAAAAAGGUUCCAGGGUUUAGCUACAUCGAUAUUGACGGUGUGAUUCACAAGUUUGUGAACGGAGAUCAAAGUCAUUCGGAUUUACAACCGAUCUAUCAGAAGCUCGAUGAGAUCAAGUGUCGGAUUAUGGAACACGGGUACGUUCCCGAGACCGAUUACGUGUUGCACGAUAUAGGGACCGAGGAGAAACAGAACGCGCUAAAUUAUCAUAGUGAGAAAUUGGCUGUGGCUUUCGGGUUGCUUAGCCUUGGGACAACUAGUCCGAUACGUGUGAACAAGAAUCUUCGGAUUUGUGGGGAUUGUCACGAGGUGAUGAAGCUCGUUUCGAAGGUUUACGAACGAGAGAUCAUCGUGAGGGAUCGAACUCGGUUUCAUAGAUUUAAAGAUGGGUUAUGUUCUUGUAAAGAUUAUUGGUAAACUUCAUCUGUUAGUUUGUUAACAAAUUUUGUGAAAACCAUCAUAAAAUGGUUACAAAAUACCCCCAAUUAGAGUUUAGGGUCCCAAUCUUAUUAAGAUUUUAUGUAGUGAAAAUAGAUAUUACAGGAAAUUACA